AUGAUUCUCACGAGUGAUCGCUGUGUCUAUGGAUGGGGUUAUAAUAUGUACGGACAGUUAGGUUGUGGACCAGACUAUGAUAUACUAAAAAGGGUCUCAUUUCGAGUGAAUUUCAAUCCCUAUCACGAAAUUAAAAGCAUUUAUUGUUUUGCUUAUUCUUCAUAUGCCAUCACAUCGGAGGGACAGGUGUAUAGUUGGGGUCGAAAUAGUUGGCAUAAUUUGGGACACAAUUCAUCGGGUAAUAUAUGGAAACCACAACUCAUUGAAGACAUGACUGUUAUUUCCGAAGUGAAUAAUUACAACCGUUUGUACGAAGAGUUGGAUCCAUUAGGUUCGGGAGCUUUUGGGGAAGUGAUGACCAAUUACGGGAAGUAUUUGGUCGACAACCGGAAGAACCCAUGA